UUGUGACAAUAUUUGUCUACUAACCACAUUCACACGCCUUUACUUACUCCAAAGAUCCAUGGGAAAUAAGAGCUAUACCAAAUGGUACCCGGUUUUGGUUAUGAUUGUUGUCCAUUUCGUCUUUGCUACGAUUAAUGUACUUCUUAAAAAGGUUAUAGAAGAUGGACUAAACCAUUUGGUCUUUAUCACAUAUCGCCUGACUGUCGCUACCAUCUUUUUAGCCCCUGUAGCGUUCUUUUUUGAAGGGAAAAGCGAAACAAAGCUGACAUAUAGCACAAUACUCUAUCUUUUCCUGAAUGCCAUUCUUGGGGCAUCACUCACACAGUACUUAUUCCUUCUUGGUAUUGAAUACACAUCUGCCACUUUCUCUUGUGCUUUUCUCAACAUGGUUCCUGUCAUCACAUUUAUCCUGUCAUUACCCUUUGGGUUGGAAAGGGUGAAUAUAAAAUCAAAUGGCGGAAGAGCCAAGAUUAUAGGGACACUAGUCUGUGUUGGAGGUGCAACUGUACUGACCCUUUACAAAGGAGUGCCUCUAUUUAACCACCAUUCUCACCUACAAGCAACGACCACGUCCAUCCAUGUUCAAUCUGUCAACAGGCAAAGCUCACUAUUAGCUACAAAGAAAGCAAGGUGGACUUCGGGGUGUUUGGCAUUGGUUGCAGGUACAAUAUUGUGGUCGUCGUGGUUUCUGGUCCAAUCAAACAUUGGAAAAAGAUACCCCUUGCAGUAUUCUAGCACCACCAUCAUGAUGUUCUUUGGUGCCAUCCAAUCUUUUGCCUUGAGCAUGUCUGUCAAGAGAGAUUUUUCUUCGUGGAUUCUUAAAGGCAAAUUAGAAAUCUUUAGCGUCCUGUAUGCAGGGAUUGUAGGAUCCGGAUUUUGCUUCGUUGCAAUGUCAUGGUGUGUGAAGAAAAGGGGACCAGUUUUCAGUGCAGCAUUCAGUCCUUUAGUUCAAAUGAUAGCAGCUCUAUUUGAUAUUCCAUUUCUUCAUGAACCAUUACAUCUUGGAAGUCUAGUGGGAUCGGCUAUCGUGGUGGUAGGAUUGUACAUUCUUCUGUGGGGAAAGAACAAAGAAAUACAAGAUUCUAGUGAUGUGAAAGCAGUUGUCGAAAACCAAAAGGUCAAAGUUCAAGAUCUUGAGUCUUGCCCUACCAAGGAUCCACAAACCAUACAAACUUAG